AUGCGGUAUUCGUUCACCAUCGGCGCGCUCGUCUCGAGCGUCUUUGCGACGCGCCCGUUCUUGAAUGAGCCCGAUACCGGCCUCCUCGACAAGAUCGGGUACAACUUCCCGGUCGGCUCUCUACCAGAGCUUGAAGAUAUGGUCGGUCUGCCUGACUUUGAAUGGGCAGCCAGGAAUUACCUGCCCAUCGUGAACUACACCUACUACCGCAAUGGCGCAGCAGGCGAGUGGUCGUACAGGAACAACCUGGAGGUGUACCAGCGAUACCGCUUCAAGCCGCGGAUGAUGGUUGACAUCUCGGGGAUCAAGAGCACGCUCCCCACUACGAUCCUGGGCCAUAACUUCUCAGCUCCGUUUUACAUCAGCCCGUGCGCGAAGGCCGCGUAUGGCCACCCCGAUGCUGAGUUAAACCUGGUCAAGGGAGCCAACGCUGGUGGUAUUCUUUACAUCCCAUCCAGAUACUCUAGCCUCAAGAUGGAAACGAUCGCAGAGGCUGCUGCGCCCGAUCAAACGCUGUUUGCUCAGCUGAAGCUCAGUAAUGAUGACGUUGCCAGCAAGAAGCUGUUCACUCGAGCAGAGGCCGCCGGAUACAAGGCCAUUGUGUGGACCGUAGACGCACCAGGCGGCUCAAGUCGUCAGCGUGCCCAGCGCUUCGAUGUUGGUGCUUCAGACGAGUUCACUGUCCAGACCUGGGAUAAGCUCCAGCAGUACCGCAACUGGACUUCUCUCCCGAUCGGGCUCAAGGGCAUUCAAUCCGUCGCCGACGCACGAUUGGCUGUCGACCACGGUGUUCCGUUUAUCAUCCUCUCCAACCACGGCGGGCGCAACCUUGACGGAUCUCCGUCUCCACUUGAGGUUGCGCUAGAGAUCCACGAGACCGACCCCUCCAUUUUCCAGGAAAUCGAGGUUCUCGCCGAUGGUGGAGUGCGGUACGGCACCGAUGCACUGAAGCUGCUGGCUCUCGGUGUUAAAGCAGUCGGCAUCGGCCGGCCGUUCAUGUUCUCCAACGUCUACGGACAGGAGGGUGUGGAGAAGGUUAUCGAUAUCAUGAAAACUGAGAUUGCCGGCGAUGCCGCCAACAUCGGGGUUGCGGACCUAAAGAGUAUCAACCCCGACUACGUGAAGUGGCAACCCAACUUUUGGUACACCUAG